AUGCCAUGGCCAUGCAGGCCAGCCGCAGCCCCGCGGGCGCACGAGCAGAAGCCGGUGGACGGAGCCGCAGCCCCGCUAGGCGCCUACGACCUCGGAUCAUGGCGCCGCCUCGACGUGCCAGGUGAAUCUACAUUCCCCGACGAUGUCGCCGCCGACGAGGACGGCAACGCCUACGUGACCGACGCCAAGGGAAGCAAGAUCUGGAAGGUCAGCCCGGACGGCGUGCUGCUCGGCGUCAUCAAGAACGCCACGUUCAUGAAGCGACCGGGCCUGCGGCACAACUUGGUCGGUCUCAACGGCAUCAUAUACCACCCUAACGGCUACCUUCUCGUCGUCCACACCUCCGGCGGCGACCUUUUCAAGGUCGACCCGAAGACAGAGAGCGUGCGCGUCGUCAAGGUCCAGGGGUCGCUGAGGCAAGGGGACGGACUUGAGCUGCUCUCCCCGACGAGGCUGGUUGUCGCCGGCAUGCCGAAUCGGCUGGUGGAGAGCUCCGACGACUGGGAGACCGCGAGCGUCACCGCGCAGUACGUGGGGCCGAUCCACCGGGUCAGGUCGUCGGCCACGGUAAAGGACGGGGACGUGUACAUCAACCACAUUCUCGGGUUCGGGCUCGGCAAGAAGAAGACGCACGUCCUUGCGAGGGCGCCCCGGCGCCAGGUUCUCGUGGGUGGCGGGGGUUACUGGGGCGACCCAACGGCGGUGGAGGUUGAAGAGGCGGUUCUUGGGCUCGGGAGAGGGGAAUCGGCCGCGGAGGGAGCCCGCCCCGAUGUUCCCGGAGACUUGUCGGUGCGGGAAGCUGUUACUCCAAGACCAAGAGGGAAUGGCAGAGCAACCUCGAAUGGAGUGGUUUCCAAAGGGCAAAAGAUCGUGGAAGCUGGAAACCACUCUUUUGGUUUUGGAGGCUUGGAUUCGGCUGUGGAGGUGAAAGAAGCUGCUCCUGAAGGUGGAGGUGGCGAGAGGUUUCCAAAAGAUUCGAUUUCAGAGAACCAAUCUUAG